UCAGAGUCGGAACACAGAUUAGAAAAUAAUUGAGCCACUCUGUGAUACUCAGCUCCCCUGCUGUGUCUUUAGGUCAGUCAGUCAGUCAGUCAGGGUCUUACUCCCACCGUGUGUGCUCGUGGAUCUGAGUCGCUGAGAACAAACUUUGCUUUAUUUUGCUUUCAUUUUAUCGUCAUGCGUCUCACUACAGAGGAGAAAAUAGAGCUGGGAAGCAAAGAGCAGGGGACGAUCAAUCCUGCAUUUGGGGGUAAAGAUGGUGAUGAGCAGCCACAGCUGACAGUUGACAUCGGGGAACCACACACAGAGUCCCUGGAGGAGACGGUGGACAAAGGUUCAGAUCUGGUUUACUCCCUCAACGACAGGCCGCCGUGGUACCUCUGCAUACUGCUUGGUUUCCAGCAUUACAUCCUCGCGUUCGGGGGCAUCAUCGCAGUCCCGCUGAUCCUGGCCGAGCCCCUCUGCAUAAAGGACAACAACAUCGCCAAAAGCCAGCUCAUCUCCACCAUAUUCUUCGUGUCGGGACUAUGUACACUGCUGCAGACAGCUAUCGGUACAAGGUUACCCAUACUCCAGGGUGGGACCUUCAGUUUCAUCACUCCAACCCUGGCCAUUCUCGCUCUGCCCAAGUGGCAGUGUCCGGCCCCACAAGGGUCUGUGCUGCUGUCAAUGCAGCUGCAGAACAGCAGCAGCAGCCCGCUCCAGACGGAUGAUUCUGAUGAGAUCUGGAUGUCAAGAAUGCGUGAGAUCCAGGGAGCCAUCCUUGUGUCGUCUCUGCUCCAGAUUGUCCUGGGUUUUUCCGGGCUGGUGGGUCUAGUGCUCAAAUACAUCGGUCCGCUGGCUAUCGCUCCCACCAUCAACCUCAUCGGCCUGUCGCUGUUCAUAGAGGCUGGGAAAAAGUCUGGAGGUCACUGGGGAAUCGCUGCUCUCACGGUCUGUCUCAUCCUCCUGUUCUCGCAGUACCUCAGCAAAGUGGACGUUCCGAUGAUUGCUUACAAGGAUAAGAAGUGGAAAGUUUUCCAGUAUCCCCUCUUCAAGCUCUUCUCUGCUUUGUUCGGGAUGUGCGGCGCCUGGUUGGUCUGCUUCUUACUGACCAUCUUUGAUGUCUUUCCAUCUAAGUCCGAUGAGUAUGGUUUCUCAGCCAGGACUGACAUCAGCCUGGAUGCCGUGAGAAACUCCCCUUGGUUCCAUGUACCUUACCCAGGUCAAUGGGGUAUGCCGACAUUUAGUGUGUCUUCAGUGUUGGGUAUGAUGGCGGGCGUCUUGGCAUCUACCAUGGAAUCAAUCGGCGACUACUAUGCUUGUGCACGCUUGUCUGGCGCCCCGCCUCCACCGACUCACGCCAUAAACCGAGGUAUCGCAGUGGAAGGCAUCGGCUGCGUCCUGGCUGCACUGUGGGGAACUGGAAACGGAACCACCUCCUACAGCCAGAACAUCGCUGCACUCGGCAUAACCAAGGUUGGCAGCAGAUUGGUCCUCCAGACAACCGGACUUCUGAUGAUCGUCCUGGGGAUCUUUGGGAAAUUUGGAGCAGUUUUUAUCACCAUACCAGACCCAGUCAUUGGAGGAAUGUUCCUUGUUAUGUUUGGAAUGAUCGCAGCAGUGGGGAUAUCAAACCUCCAGUAUGUGGACCUCAACUCGUCCCGUAACCUGCUCAUCCUUGGCUUCUCCACCUUCAGCGGUCUGGUUUUACCUACCUGGUUUCACUCCAAUCCCGGCAUCAUCGACACAGGAAUAAAAGAGCUGGACCAGGUGAUUGUCGUGCUCUUCACCACCCACAUGUUUAUUGGAGGAUUCUUUGGGUUUAUUUUGGAUAACACUAUUCCAGGCACUGACAAAGAGCGGGGUAUCAAAAGCUGGCAGGACAAAGACAAACAGGAAAACACAAACUUUUGUGACCCGUCAUGCUACGAUAUCCCGUUCUGUAACGGCAUCUUUAAACGGUAUAAAUGUUUCCAAUACCUUCCCUUCCUCCCUUCGUUCAAGACCAACGAACAGGGGACAUCCUAGUAAUGAAGUUUGAUCUCUCAGGGUAGCGUUCAUGCUAACCUAUUAACCCUUUAAAACCAAACUGAUGAGGAUACAAUUUAAACUAUAAGGACUCAAAGUUCAUAAAAUAGAAGCACAUUUUUCUAGUUGAGGUACUGCGUUUCCAACAAAUCAAACUCCCUUUAUGGCCUUGUCCACACGGACCCGGUAGUUGCACUGGUCCGUCCACACGCAGCCGUGUUUUUGGAACACUGCAACCAUGAUUGUUUGUACCCGGGGUCCACAGGCAGGUGUUUAGCUAACGGGGGUUUCAGCAGUUGCGUGUGGACAUGACAACCGUGAUUAUUUCCAUUGUUUACGGCACAGCUGUCACAAGCGCAACAGAGUGAUACAAAUGGUAGAGGUGAGAAAGAUGAGGCUAUUUAUUGGCAUGCUGUCGGCUAUAUUAGGAUGUCAUAGAGCUCAUUUUCUUUUUUAUCGGCCCAGUCGACACUUUCAGACAUUUUCGUGACUUUAUAUUCAAUGGUUACGUUGAGGAGCAGCUCCACCUCACUGUCUCUCCACACGAAAUGGUGUGGCUGUUGCUGCUGCAUUACCACGCUUAUUAGCUACUCUGUGAUUGGAUGAAAUUGCCUUACCAUUUCAACUUACAUCGACACCUAUUGCUUUGGCAUGUGUACUACGUGUAUAUUACAUCACUUGCUGGUGGAUUUGACACAUGCGUGUGUACGCCGGUAUUCUUUUUAAACCGCUCGUGUGUACGGAGAAUUAAUUUUAACAAAACUCCGGUGUCAGAAACUACCGGGUCCGUGUGGACAAGGCCUACUGUAUGUCUCCAUGUUUACAUGCUCGAGACUUUCAGCAUGCACUAAAUCUUUGCAAAACCCUUGUUUCACUCAUCUUUUUUGGACAUCAGCCAAUAGACGGAUGCACCGCUCAAAUGUUUUUGAGGCAAAGGAAUGAGUUUAAUAUCCACAAAUGUGUCAUGAAGCUGCAGAGGAGCCACUGUCUAGUGUUACCAAUAACCACGAAUGUUUCAAUAGGAUCAUUUCUACCUCAUCACAAUGAAUCAUUGGAAGACUUCUGUCAUUAAAAACACACUUUUAGGUUUAACGUUUGAUAAUUAAGGUUACUGCUUUUUACAAUUAAUGUGUAUUGUGUAACUGUAUAGAAGUACCUUUUGAAUUAAGCUACGUUUUAUUAUAUGCAAGAUUACUCAUUUUUUACUAUCAUUUUUUUUAAUCAGUCUUAAACUGUGAUGAGUGUUGUCAAAAAAAAAUCAUAUGUAAAUAAAUGUUGUUGUAAACAUAAAUAAAUACUGAAGGUAAAGUAGAA